AACAAAAAUGUCUCUUCUGUUCGGUCCUACUUACUAUUACUAAAAACGAUGUGAAAACACGGUUGUAUCCUUUGACUUUACCACAAAUAAUCGUGAUUAGAAGUAAAGUAAAUUAUCUUAAGGAGUUCUAGAAGUCUUCUACACUCGUCAAGAAAAAACACCCAUUGAUGAAUGUAACAAGACUUUGCCGCAGCCUCCAUCAAAGUAACUUUCGUCCUUUCCUCUCAGAUGCCAAGUCCAUCAAUCUCAUCUCAAAGAUGGCCUCCGCCUCGCUGCACAACUCAAAGCCAUCAGAUGGCUCUGAUCUUCCCGACGGGGACGUCCACGUUCCUCUCGACUCCAUUUUGAAUCUUCGGCGUAUCGACGCCCACGGUAAGCUGUACCGCUCAGCAAAACAGGACAAGGCGUCCCCGGAAGACAUUAAACAUCUUCAAAGUCUUGGUAUACGAACCCACUUAGACCUUCGCAGCAAAACAGAGUACCUUCGUGAAAGCACCCCGAAAGCUAUCGACCAUAUUGUCGGUGUUCUCGUUCCGAAAUCCCUCCCAGACCCCAAGGUCAAACCGUACCCAACCGAUAUUCUGAUGAAAGGUCUCAAGAAGAAGAUGGUUGAGGUGAAAGAUUUAUCGCAACGACGGUAUCUCAUCGAUUUCUUCUCGUUUGAAUUGGCCAUGAAAACCUUUAACUCGGCUCCGCUAUACAAACGACUGCUUGCCCUCUUUGUGUUGGUGUUCGACAUCAUCAUGGGGAAUAACUUCAAGCACUUUGUGAGAAUGUUCAAGGAUACCAUUAAUGAUCACGGUCUUUCUGGACAGUACAUCGACAUGCUGGAGUUCGGAGGCAAGCAGUUAUGCUUUGUUCUGAGGACAUUGUCCAAUCCAGAGAAUCUGCCGGCGUUAGUCUCCUGCGCUCACGGAAAGGAUCGCACUGGAAUCGUAACAGCCAUGAUAUUAAGCAUUCUGGGAAAAUCAGAUGAGUACAUAGCAGAGGAAUAUGCGAUGUCAGAGGAAGGACUUAAACCAAUACGGUCGUCUGUGCGAGAUGAUAUAGUUUUACAGUUCAGGUUUGAUGAGUCGUUUGCCACAGCAAAGAAAGAAACAAUGUUGAAAGUACUGGAGUACCUUCGGGAUAGGUAUGGAUCUAUAGAGAAUUUCCUGGAAUCCCUCGGCUUCGGCAAAGAGGACCAAGAAAGACUGCGACAGGUUUUGUCAUAGUGGUCUUGAUGUUGAUCAUGAGCACCAAGGCCAGUCUAUUUUGAUCUAUAAGAUUAAGGCCAUGUCCGAAACGGCGACUUCGGCUACAGCUACAGCUAGA